AUGGCUCGUUAUCUCUCAGAGACAGCAGAUGUUGAGGAACAUGCAGGGGAUCCAACACUGCGUGACGAUGGCACCUCUAAGAAGCCUGUGGCUAGUGAGGAUGCCCUAGAAAUCGCCCUUGGUGAAAGCAGCAACGUUGAAUAUACCAUCGACUCGGACAACUCCCCUUACCUGGAGGUGCGAGCCAAUGUGCCAAACACGGAUGAUCCUAAUUUACCAGUGAACACAUUCCGAAUGUGGUUUCUGGGUGUCGUCUUCACACUUCUCGGUACAGGCGUUAAUCAGUUCUUCUCCAUGCGGUAUCCAAGUGUGACAAUUACUUCCCUUGUGGCGCAGCUUAUUAGUUACCCCGUGGGUUGUUUCUUUGCCAAAGCACUGCCUAUCAUGAAAUUCCGCUUGUUUGGACGGUGGGAUUUGAACAUAAACCCCGACCACCAUUUCAAUAUCAAGGAGCAUGCUGUGAUUACGAUCAUGUCUAAUCUCAGUUUCAACCAAUCCUGGGCGAGUGCUAUUAUCCAGGCCCAAAAAGUGUAUCUGAAGAUGUCAACACCGGUCGGAUAUCAAAUACUGCUGUCGCUAUCCAUGCAGCUGUUUGGUCUUGGUCUUGCUGGGCUCUCGUACCGAUACAUCAUUGAGCCCCCUCAGAUGAUCUGGCCUUCCACAUUGGCCAAUGCUGCACUUUUUCAGACACUGCACAGUGGUGCGAACCCAAUGGCCGAUGGCUGGAAGAUCUCUCGGUAUCGGUUCUUCAUGUACGCCUGUAUCGGAAGUUUCUGCUGGUAUUGGUUCCCUGGAUAUAUCUUUACCGGAUUGAGUACUUUUGCCUUCAUUUGUUGGGCAGCUCCUAAUAACAAGGUCGUCAACAACCUCUUUGGUAUGACAACAGGGCUGGGGUACAUGCCAACAACUUUCGAUUGGAGUCAGAUUGCAUACAACACAUCGCCCCUGACUAUUCCAUACUGGGCUCAAGCCAACGUCUUUGCAGGCUGGUUUUGUGUUUACGCUAUCGCAGCCCCGACUCUCUACUAUACUAAUACGUGGUUCACGGCCUAUCUUCCACUCACAAGCUCUGAUGCAUAUGACAACACCGGAAACCUCUACAAUUCAAGUCGCAUAUUGGACAGUUCAGGUGCCAUCAGCGAGGAGAAGUAUAAGGCGUACAGCCCGAUUUUCCUGCCCGUGACCUUCUCCUUGAGCUACGGCGUAGGGUUUGCCGUCCUGACUUGCCUCAUCACACACGUGCUGCUAUACCAUACCAAAGACAUCAUUAGUACAUUCAAGGGAGAAAAUAAGAAGGACAUCCACGCCAGGCUGCUUUCUCGGUAUCCUGAUGUACCGUGGUGGUGGUACGCUAUUUUGACGGUCAUUAUUGUUGCGCUUUCAAUCAUGACCCAGUAUGUAUGGGACACAGGUCUCCCGUUCUGGGGUUUGUUUAUCACCUUAGUCCUGGCUGCGAUCUAUGUGAUUCCUGUCGGUACUGUGUAUGCUGUGGCAAAUCUUAACAGCAACUGCUUGACUGUCUUGGGAGAGAUCGUGUCUGGUUACCUUUUGAAAGGAAGGCCGCUUGUUCUUUUGAUCUUCAAAUUCUAUGCAUACACCGGACUUAGUCAAGCUAUGUAUUACGGCGCAGACAUGAAGCUCGGAAUGUACAUGAAAGUCCCACGCAGAACUCUGUUUGUUGCCCAGCUGAUUGCCUGCAUACUGGGAACUUUGACGCAAAAUGGUGUUCUGUUAUGGAUGCUGGGGAAUGUGAGCGACGUAUGCUCUGAGAAUCAACCAGAUGAUUUCACCUGUCCACAGGGUCGGGUCAACUAUAAUAGUGCAGUUUUGUGGGGAGCAAUUGGCCCUUCCCGUUUAUACAAUGUUGGGAAGAUUUACUCAGGUCUCCUGCACUUCUUUUGGAUUGGGGCACUGCUCCCUAUCAUUACUUUUGCUCUGCGCAAGAGAUAUCCAAAAUCGCGUUUCUUGGACGCCAUCCACUGGCCGAUCUUCUUUGCAGGCACCGGUAACCUGCCUCCCGCGACGGGUAUCAAUUACUCCACGGCAUUUGUGGUCAGUCUUAUCUUCAACAAGAUCAUCAAAGGCCGUAAGCCGCUGUGGUGGGCCAAAUAUAACUAUGUGCUCUCUGCCGCAUUGGAUUCGGGGGUUGCUGUUGCAGCCAUUGUGAUAUUCUUUGCAUUGACCUUCCCAGGGAUUACCUUCAGCUGGUGGGGCAAUACAGUCAACGAUGGGACUGUGGAUAGCAAGGGCACCCCAUGGUUGGAGCUGAAAGCCAACGAAACAUUUGGACCCACGACGUGGGCUUAG